AAAACGGCGAAAUGCUUCGCUUUCGACCUCUGCUGACGGCCAGAAAACAACGUUUGGUAUUUGACGUCCGACCAUCACGCAGAGGACGUCCUCAUGUGUUCUUCCAUCUGCCACGUUCUGCGUUCUGAUUCGCCACAGAUCAAAAGAGCAUCCUUUGAAGACGUGUCACGGGUAGCAUAAUCACAUCCUUUGCGCAUUCUUACUCCGCUUAUCCCAGCUCCGGCCUUUCACCCUUUCUCCCUUCCGACUGUCCAGCCAGGUGUCUACGCCAAUGGACAACGGUGCUCGUCAUCUGUUGGUCACUUGUUACAGUCCAUUAUUGACCUGAUACGCCUUCUCAGCACCGACCCUUGCCCUUCUCGACCGUCCCUUGCGGUCCAUGUCGGAGAAUAAAAGGGCGUUCAAUCGUCUGCUGUUUGGGUCUCUGGGAACUGAUGCGAUUUGAUAGGAGAAAGAAGAAACGGUCGAAAGGAUGGUGAAAGGAUUAUCGGAGCUGAUGUGAUGCAAUGCCCUGUGGAGUGCAUACGUGGGGCAGCGGCAACAUACAUAUAAAAGAGAGGCUUUUGAACCAGUUUUGAGACAGUCAUCAAGUUCCAACUCAGCUCUCGACUUCUAACUCAUAAUCUAUCAGACAAAGCAAUUUCCAACGUAGUAAACAUGCCAGCCUUUUGCAAGCUUUGCCACGGUCCUCUUGCCACUUCUAUUUCCUCCCUUAAACAAGUCGAAUGCCAUUCUACUUGCAUUCAAUUCGCUUGUCCCGGCUGUAUCAAAGCUAACAAGCCCUCAUUCUCCAUCCUCAAUCUCAAAAACCACAUUUAUGACUACCACUGUGCCGAGUGCAUGGCUGAAGCUCCAACCCAUCCUCUCACGACUCGUUUUAAGGCCCCGCCGCACCCGAAUUCCAACUCCACAACGGCAAUCUGUUAAGCCGGUGUUGUGACGAGAAGACAAGUAAACGAUAAAGUCAUCCGGAAUGCUCAGUAUCUGAUUGUAUGUUGUAAAGUAAUGUAAAGCGUAAAGCGUCAAUGUUAUGC